AUGUGCCACAAAAAUCAACAUCGCUGUAAUGAUCAACCAGGACUGAAGCAGCGAGUGUGUGGCGCUGUUGGAGCGUGUUUGGUUGAAGCAGACGGUUCGCAUCAUAAGCCAGACUGGAGCCUUAUGUCUGUCAAGCCAUCAUCCGUCUCUUAUUGUGAAAGUCCACACCGGAAGUCCCUCCUCCCCGUCUCCCCUGCCUUGACUCCCUCCAGCUCCUCUGCUCUCUUCAGAAUUGGACUUUUGUCAACACGACGCGGCGGAUUCAAGUCUCCGGCCGGACUCCAUGUCAGCCUGGCGUCUCUCCUCUCUUUCCGGCCUCAGGAGCGUCUGUCUGGAGCUGAAUGGCUGACUCCCACAUAG